GGCACUGGCGCUCGGCGGGGCUCUUCGCGGGCGGCGGCGCGCGCGGGCGGCCCGCGCUGCAGCAGGCGGGAAGCGCAAGAAGCAGCUGCAGUUCGCGGAGCGCGGCGCGGCGCACGCGGGCGCGGGCGCGGCAGGCGCGCCCGUCUCCGCCAAGGCGGGCGCCAGAACGAGGGCCCCGCGCGGCGCGAGAGCUUCCGACAAGCCCUGGGCGAAGCAGAAGCAAAAGCAGAGUGAGCCCGCCCUGGCCGCGGCGAUCGGCGGGGCGAAGGAGGGCGGGGAGAAGAAGGCGGAGGAAGAGGAGGAGGCGAGGGAGGAGCAGAAGGACGGCUGGGUGCCUGGCGAGCCGAUAGAGGUCAGGUUCGAGGACGUCUCGUGGACGCCAGCCGUCAACAAUACCAUGCAUGUUCCUGGAGAGAGGAGGUCGAGUAGCAAACCAGUGCUCAACGGCGUUUCGUGGGAGAUCAGCGGCGCGGAGAAGGUUGGGCUGAUCGGCGCUAACGGCAGCGGGAAGAGCUCGAUGCUGCUUAUGAUAAACGACUUGCUACAGACAACCUCCGGCCAGGUCGUGAAGCGCCCGGCGGACAUGCGCAUCGGGUACAUGAAGCAGGAGGCCGACCUGGAGAGCUCGCUCACCGCGCGGGAGGCCCUCCUGUCAGUUUUCGGGUGCCGCGACCUGGAGUCCAUCGACGCAGACUUGGAGUCGGUGGCCAUGGAGGGCGACAUCGGGGAGCUGGAUCGGUUGGUGAGCGAACGUACGGAGGCCGAGCUCCAGCACCAGGAGGUGGAAGACCUGAUCCCCAGGCUCGGCCUGUCCUCGCUCGCCUCGACACCCAUACCCGAGCUCUCUGGAGGGUGGCAGAUGCGCGUGGGUCUGGGCCAGAUCAUGCUGCGCAAGCCUCAGCUGAUCUUGCUCGAUGAGCCCACGAAUCACGUGGACCUGGAGACCGUGGAGUUCAUGGAGGACUUCCUCCGAUCGCAGGACGUCCCGAUGGUCAUCGUGUCGCACGACAGGUACUUUCUCAACCAGGUCUGCACGAAGAUCGUGGAGAUCUACCGGGGGAAGACGGCCACUUACUGGGGCAAUUACGUCUCCUACCUGAGGCGGCGAGACAGACUUCUCGCACGUGAUUGGAGCCGCUACCGGGAAUGGCAGAGGGCUAUCGACAUCAUGAAGAAGGGGAUCAGAAGGUUGGAGGGCCGCUACAUGAUUGAAAUGGCUUCCAAGAAGAAGCUGGAGCUCGCGGAGCUGGAGGCGAAAAACGUGCCCAAGCCGGAGGUGAGCGAGGUCAGCAACUUCUCCUUUCCGUCAGUCUUCGCCCCGGGCGAGGGGGGCAUCCGGCCGAAGCAGGCGAAGAAGCUGGCGCCCCUCGAAGAAGAAAUGGUGGAGGACUCCGACGACUCCAGCGACGAGGAGGCCGACGACGAGCUCUUCGAGGGCGACUUCGACGACGAGGAGCCAGACUGGUCGCAGAAGGCCGAGGCCGGCGGCCCAGAGCCCCGGGAGCCGCCCGCGGUGGUGCCCGCCUCGCCCGCCGGUAGCGACGACUUUUGGGGCGGCCCGCCGCCGGAGGCCGCAGCCCCGCGGGCCGAGGCCGAGGGCGCCGAGGAGGCGGCCCCCGCCCCUCAGCAGGAGCUGGGGGAGGUGCUGCUCGAGGUGCGGGAGUGCGGUGUCAGGUACUCCGACAAGGUCGUGCUCGACAGCGUCUCCCUGACGGUGCGCAGGGGCGAGAAGGUGGCGCUGGUAGGCCCGAACGGUUGCGGCAAGAGCACGCUGGUGCGCGCCAUCAUGGGCGAUUUGGGCGAGGAGUCCUUCGUUCGCGGCGAUUUCACUUGCACUGACAUGGGCAUGGCCUACUUCCCGCAGAGGCUGGCGGAGGCUUUUAACUCCGAAAAGCAGACGGUGAAGGACGUGCUCUUCAUGUCCUGCAAGGUUGGCGACCUCGAGCGUGCGGGCGGCAUCGACAGCGUGCUGACGAGCCUGCAGCUGACCGGUAUAACCGCAAACCAGCCCGUGUGCAGCCUCAGCGGCGGCGAGAAGGCGCGGGUGGCCUUCGCGCAGUUCUUGCUCGACCCGUGCGCCCUUCUCGUGCUGGACGAGCCGACGAACCACCUGGACAUCGCAACGCGGGAGCUGCUGGAGGAUGCUCUCAAGAAGUUCGAUGGCGGCGCCCUGGUUGUCAGCCACGACCGCUUCUUCCUCCGCGAGUUCGCCACUCGCGUGGUCGAGUUCCAGGAUGACGGGACGCUCCGCGAGUUCAACAGUUGGGACGCGUACUCGCGGGCCGCGCCGCCGCAGUGGGCCGCGGCGACGGAGGCGGAGGGGGAAUUCAUUGAGCAGGACGGGGUGGCGCUGCAGAUCUGGAGCAAGAAGUCGAUGACCCGGGUGAAGAGGAGGUACGGCAACGUCGGCCUCCGGCGGCUCUCGCCCCGCGCUGUGGAGAAGGUCCCCGAGCCGCAUCGCACCAGGUCGUCGCAUGCCGUCGAAAGGCUGAUUGCCGAGGGCGUCAGUCCGGGCCUGCUCGGGCCCCACGCAGACGGCAGGAGAUGAUGACGAGUUGGCGACGAGGCCGCUGGGCGGAGCGAUCACGGAGAAGAGCGCCAAACUUUCGGAUGUCCGCGCGCAUUUCUCGGAUCGGCGCUGGGCCCCCCUGACGGCGCCUCUGGCGCCGCACCUGGGGCGCUCCAAGCGCCAGGGCUUGGGGUCCAGCGCCGAUCGAAGGAAUCCACACUGACGUCUGAAGUUUCUCAUGCUUUGACUUCGUCGAGUGCCGCCUUCGCUCUGGGGACAAGGUGUCUUAGUCUGUCCCGUUGAGUUCGGCCCAGUGGCUGAGACGGCGCCCGUCUGGAGAGGCGCCCACAAGGGGCGCCACCGGACGGUGUCCCGUACCCUCCCAAUCAGGCGGAAUAGGCCUCUUCGGGGAGCUCGUUUGAGAGCGGCAGGUUGUCGAACUUGUACUCUUGUGGAUGCCAGCCGUCCAAGUACGCACUCUUGGGGAUGCCAGCGGUCCAAGUGGAGAUUUUCCGUGGCGGCGCGAGCCAACCGUGCCCCAUACUUGGCCUGUGUUUUGUCAAGGUAGGCGUGGGGGGCGUACAGAGGGCGUGGCAGUCCCCGCAGCUGACUUUCCGCACUCUUGCGCUCUUCAAUGCCUUCCUACCGCCUCUCUCUCUCUCUCUUUCUUAUAUCUCUCUUUGUUUUGUUUUCUCUCUCUCUCUCUCUCCCUCUCUUUGUCUUUCUAGAGAUUUACCUCCUGGUCACCAAGUCUGUAAGCAGCCUUUGCGAUUGCAUUGGCGCGACCUUUUUAACCAGCCCUGGCGAUCGCAUCGACGCGAUAGUUUAACAUGUUGGAGUUUACGCUGGAUGCUCCGCUCCGCUCUGUCCAGAUGGUUUGCUUGGUUCCUGGCAGCAAAGCGACCAGCAACUUUUGCUGGGGAGGGUGGCCAACCCUGAUGCGAGUUUUCGGUUCCUGACAGAUCGUGUGCCUGCGUGCUGUUUGAUCGCGCCUUCUAUCGAUAACAUAGACAGGCCCAGACCCUGAAUCGUAAGAGAACACACAUCGGAAC